AUGUCCAAAUAUUCUGCUCCAAAAGACGAUGAACCUACGGUCGACACAGUCGAGUCGCCAAACCAAACACCUCACACCCCACAAGAAACCCAAGCAUAUGGCACAGUUCAACUACUUCAAGGAGGGUCUGUUGUCCUCAUCCCAACUCCAAGCCCAGACCCAAAAGACCCCCUCAACCUCCCAAAAUGGCACAAAUACCUCAUAAUAUUCGUUGUCGGCUCGUACUCAGCCAUUGCUGUCCUGGUGACUUCUGGCCUUGGUGCCGUUUUUCCGUCAGUUCUCAAAGAAUACCCACCCGAGGACGCCACUCGAGCAACAGACCUUCUCACCUACCCCACACUGUUCAUGGGCAUCGGCAAUCUCUUCUCCAUGCCUCUCAGCGUGACAGUCGGCCGACGUCCUGUCUUUCUUGCAUCUCUAGUUCUGAUGAUAGUCUCUGGAAUUUGGUGCGCCUUCUCCGGGUCCUUGAGCAGUCACAUCGCCGGACGCAACUUCUACAGCAUCGCCGCUGGCCAAAGCGAGGCGUUGGCUCCAUUCAUCAUCGAGGAAAUCCACUUUCUCCAUGAACGAAGUGCCAAGCUAUCAUGGUUUAUCGGUGUCCAGACCGUAGGCACUGCUGGGAUGUUCGUUGCCACGGCUUACAUCGUUCCGGCAUGGGGCACUAAGUGGUGGUACAUCAUUAUCACGAUCAUCAAUUUUGUCGUCUUUGGCUUGGCAUUCUUCUUCGCGGUGGAAACCAAGUACAGCAGACCAAGUGAUGCUGAUCGUGGUGCUGUUCAUCUCACGUUAGAUGACAACGGCAAUGUCACCGACAAGGGGGACACCGAGAUGGUUUUCCAGGUCACAACUCGUGAGAACCAUGUGCUUCAACCUGAGGUUUUUGGAGAGCGAACCUGGAGAUCCGACUUGAGGAUAUUUCACUUCAAGCCAGAAUGGAAGCAGACCCUUGUGUUCUACAAGGAGACGCUCCAAGCACUUUGCCUUCUGAACAUCGUCUGGAUACUCCUAGUAAACGGCACGUUCCUUGGCAUCUACGUCUACCAAGCAUCAACCUUUGCCACGAUUCUCAUGUCCCCGCCGUAUUCCUUCCAGUCUGAAUGGCUAGGAUAUGUCCAGCUUGUUCAAGUGUUGGACUGUGUCAUUAUGGUCCCACUUCUCGGUUACGGGUCUGAUAUCUUAGUUCGGACGAUGAGCAGGUUGAAGAACGGUAUCUUUGAGCCCGAAUACCGUCUGAUUAUCCUAAGUGUUCCCAUCGCAUCGGCUAUCAUCGCCUGUGUCUUGUAUGGCCAGGGCGGCGCUUACCCAGAGCGCUGGCAUUGGAUGACAAUUGUAGCUCCUUACCACAUGGGAUUCUUCGCCUUCUUGGGAGCCAGCCUGGUCGGCAUCACCUAUGCUAUUGACAGUUUUCCAAGCAAAGCCGGACCCCUGCUUUUGUUAAUCUGCGCCGGGCGAGGGUUCAUUUCAUUCGGGCUUAGCUACUCGACCGUGCCAUUGAUCAGUUUGACAGGUUACAAUGGCGCAAUGAACAUCUUUGCGAUCAUCUCCGGUGUGCUUGGGGCAAUUACGGUUCCCAUGUACCUUUUUGGAAGCCGUAUUCGGAUGUGGGCCACGAAGAAGCUGUGGCCUGAUAUGGCUCAGGGAUAG